GUCGCAAUGAAUUGCCGCCAUCCCAUUGUGCAGAUCAACUACAUUCGGAUCGCUCAGUAGGCUCCGAGCUCACCUGUACUCUAUUUCGUGGGAGAGGAAACGCAUGAAACCCAUCACCACUGGCCUCUCGCGAGAGCCACAGAGCCAGACCCUUCGCAAGGCGCCCAUGACAUGCUCAAUCCGGGUUACACCUCCAGACCUGAUCACAACUUUGCAACAGCCAGGUAAUUGUCUUCUGGCCUGAAAGUGGUUCACGCUCAUCUGCACGCCCGUUCAUGCAGGAGUUGCCUCCAAACAAGAGUGAAGCCAAAGCCCCCAGCCUGCAGCUGCAUCUGCAGGCUACUGCAACUCUCACGUCGUCCCAUCCUCUCUCCUGCAGCCGCCGUCGUCGGUAUUCUCUCUGCGGUUCGUCUUUUUCGAAACCGGUGAGGCCCAAGGAGUGAGGCGCGCUGCGGGUUCGAACUACCAACGAAGGCCGCUGUUCCAUUGACUGAUUGACUGGCUCUCCGUGGGGAAGGCCCGACGCCGGGCACCAAUCGUUCUGAUCUGCGUAGGCCGUCUUUUUGCGCGCCGGUUUGACGUCUGACUUCAUCCUCGUGCUGCAGGCUUUCGACCAAAUUCGCCCAUCGCUUGCGCCGGCCCCAUCCCCUCCCACGUCAUGGCACGAGACAAAGAGCGGUCGGUAAACCCUGCGCAACAGCAGCGCAAGCUGGAAAAGGCAAAACAAUUGAAAAAGAGUCGGGCAGAACUACAGGCCAAAAGAAAUGAAAAACUAGCGCGACGGAACCCCGACCGCAUCCAGAGACAGAUCGAUGACCUAAAGGCCCUCGAGGCGUCUGGAGAAAUCAAGCCUCGCGAAAAAGCCAUCCUCGACGACCUGGAAAGAGACCUCAAGGCCGUCCGCAAAGCAAGAGAGGCCCUCGGGCAGAAAGCACCACAAUACGCAAGCCACCCCAGGAGAAGAGACGAAGACGGCGGUAACGUUUUGGGCAAGCGGCGGCACGAUGGGGAACGCAAACAUUUUCAGUCUCGAAGAGAUUCUUCCGGCAGUGACACCGACGACUCCGUAAGACGAAUACCGAUGCCAGAGGACACGCCGCCGCCGAUUCCACGCGAAUUCCGGCGCAACUUCAGAAAGGAAGAAGCGGCGCCAGACACCCGACUACCACCAAAGCCCGCGCCCGCCCCGAGGACCACCUACGAGAGCGCACCGCAGAUCCGGGACCUCAAGAAAGAGGCCGUGAAACGUUUCGUGCCGGACGUCGUGAGAAAGAAGCAAGAAGCGGCCAGAGGAGGGCCAACAGGACACCUGGUAGAACCCGAGGAGAUGGAUCGGCUAGAGGCCGAAGGGUACCUACGAACCAGCUCUGACAGGGCGCAGGCAGGGACUCAAGACGGUCAGGCAAGAGGGACCAGUAACGCGACGAACCUGGCAGAGGAAGAGGAGAGGUUUCUUAGAGAACUAGAGAUGCAGGAUGCAGAUGCAGGUCAGGGCACAGGAGCAGAGCAGGUCACAACAACACAAAAAGUGCAAGAGGUAGAGGGCCGACCGGUCGGCGAACCGCUCCAACCACGCAGGCAUGUAGAGAUUGAAGAAGUCGAGGAUGAGGAUGCCUGAUAAAACAGACUUUUGUCUUAUUGACAAGGCAUGGUCAUACUUGUGGCCAUAUUCACGAUCCUUGUUCGGGGGUUUAUCAAGUAAAGUAAUACCUCCUAGAGUAUCAGCAUACCUUACCCAAGGUACGGAGUAUGUCAAGCAUUUACCCUUGACAAGGUAGACUUCAAAGACAAGACGCCUUCGACCAGACUGCUCGAGGGUCUCUGCUUGCCGAAAGUGCUCUCACAAGAUACAAAAUCCAAUCUCUUCAACCU